AUGUUGUCUCUUAAUUGGAUGUGGUUGGCCCUUUCGAUCCUCAAUUAUAUCGUCAAUGCCGAGAAUAUCACUGAUGAUGCAUACUUCUAUGGACAAGUUCCUGCUGUCUCAUAUUGUAAGCUACCACUCUCUGAUAAUGAAGUAAUAUUCACUGACUAAAUAAUAGCCCCAAUGCCUGGUUCGCGACCAUGGGCAACAGCAUAUUCCACGGCAGUAAAGUUUGUUUCUCAAAUGACUCUUGAAGAACGAGUCAAUAUCACUGUCGGAUAUUCUACAACUACUGGCUGUGUUGGUGCUACUGGUUCAGUGUCUCGUCUCAAUUGGACUGGCUUAUGUAUGCAGGACGCCGGAAAUGGUGUUCGAGCUACUGACAUGGUUAAUGCCUACCCAGCUGGCUUACAUUCUGGUGCUAGCUGGAACCGUGCUUUGACAAACUUGUGUGCAGCUCACAUGGGACGAGAGUAUAGAGCCAAGGGUGUUCAUGUCCUGCUAGGUCCAGUUGUUGGCCCUUUGGGAAGAGUUGCAUUUGGAGGCAGAAAUUGGGAGGGGUUCAGCAAUGAUCGUGCGUUAUCAUGUUGUGUAAUUGGAAUAUUUAAGCUGACAUUCAAUUAGCAUACCUUUCUGGAGAGCUUGUAGGUGAGAAUAUUAGAGGUGUGCAAGAUCAAGGUGUUACUACAUCAGUCAAGCAUUGCAUUGUAAAUGAGCAAGAGAACUUCAGAAAUCCCACUGUUUACGGGAACGUUACAUUGAAUAUCACAGUCGCCUCUGUUCCUACCAAUAUUGAUGACAAGACGAUGCACGAGCUUUACCUUUGGCCUUUCGUAGAUGCAAUCCAAGCUGGUAAGUAACCCCAAGCUUCAAUACAUGUAUCAUUCUAACAAAGUCGUGAAUAGGUACUGGAUCAGUUAUGUGCUCGUAUCAGAGAAUCAACAACUCAUAUGCAUGCCACAACAGCAAGUCUCAAAAUGGGAUAUUGAAAGGAGAAUUGGGAUUCGAAGGCUUUAUAGUCAGUGAUUGGGGUGCCCAACGUAUGUCCUACUUGCUUAUCGUAUUCUAAAAUUACUGACAUCCACAGAUACUGGCUGGACUUCCGCUGAAGGUGGUCUGGAUGUGGCAAUGCCCAAUUCCAACCGUUACUGGGGAGCGAAGGGUGAAUUGCUAGCCGCAGCAAUAACCAAUGGCAGCCUUCCAGAAGCUCGUGUCACUGAUAUGGCAACGAGAAUUGUUGCCUCGUGGUACCAGAUGGGUCAAGAUGUACGUGUUGCCUUACAGUUUUGCCCGGUUAUCUCUGAUAUUCUAACGAAUUUGUUAGCUUGAUUUCCCAGAGGUUGGGUUGUGGAAGGCUGCCGACUAUUAUGGCCCCCACAAAACUGUCAAUGCUAGAGAUCCUGCUUCCAAGCCAAUCCUCCUCCAGGGUGCGAUCGAAGGUCAUGUCCUCGUCAAAAACGUCAAUAAAACCCUCCCUUUUGAAAAGCCUCAGAUGCUCUCAAUUUUCGGCUAUGAUGCCAUCGCCACUAGUGCCAGUACCCAGUUUCAACGCAAUAGACCCCCUACAGGCACUGCCUAUGUAAAUGGAACAUUGUAUGUGGGUGGGGGAAGUGGUGCUAGCUCUCCAGCGUACAUAUCUUCGCCUUUUGAUGCUCUGCAGAAUAAAGCUUAUGAGGAUGACACAACUCUCUUUUGGGAUUUUCAGAGUGCGAAUCUACUCGUUGAUACUUCGAGCGAUGCUUGUCUUGUUUUUGUCAAUUCCUGGGCUACUGAAGGUAGCGAUCGUCUCAACUUCCAUGGUAAGCUUUUGUCCUCUACUCUCACCUUGGAUUUCCUCAUGGAUGCUGACCUAUGAGUAGAUGAUUUCUCUGACGGACUCAUCAAAAAUGUUGCUACUAACUGUUCCAACACGGUCGUUGUUAUACACAAUGCUGGACCACGACUUGUUGACCAAUGGAUUAAUCACGAAAAUAUUACGGCCGUCAUCUUUGGACAUCUCCCUGGACAAGAUGCAGGUCGAGCCAUCGUUUCCAUUCUUUAUGGACAGCAGUCACCUUCCGGAAAAUUACCUUACACAGUCGCUCGUAACGAAUCACAAUAUAAUAUCGUUCCCGUGAAGCCAGAAGCAGAAUAUGGACUGUUCCCCCAAGACAACUUCACUGAUGGAGUAUAUAUCGACUAUCGCGAUUUCGACAAGAAGAAUAUUACAUCUCGCUAUGAAUUUGGCUUUGGUUUGACAUACACUACCUUCUCCUUCUCCAAUUUGAGUGCCGCAUUUCUCCCAGGAGUCUCGACAUCAUCCCUCCCCCCAUCAUCCUCCAUCAUCGAGGGAGGAACUGCAAGCCUUUUCGACGUUAUCGCAAGAGUUGAAGCAUGUGUGACAACUACCGGUGAUGUAGGAGCCAUGGAAGUUGCACAAUUAUACAUUGGCAUCCCAGGCGGCCCAAUCCGACAACUUCGUGGAUUCGACAAAGUCAGUAUUGAUCCGGGACAGACUGCUACGUUUUCCUUUAAUUUAAAGAGAAGAGAUCUAUCGGAGUGGAAUGUUGUUCAGCAAGCUUGGACUCUGCAAAAGGGGGAAUAUGAGAUCUGGGUUGGAUCAAGUAGUCGAGAUUUGCCACUUAAUGGCAAGUUGACUAUUGACUAA